UUCAUCGCGGUUCUGCUGCCAUCGCAUCGGUUGACCACCAAUCAUUGUCACGCCUGGACUCUUGACAACCUGACGCAUCGGUGGCGUUCCACAUUCUUUAGUUCUAUACCGCGUCGUAAAUCACAAGUGCUAACCGCUCAUUUUCGCGAGAUAUUGUGUGAUUUAUCUAAAAUUUUCCACCUGCGUGACAUCCGCUGGGAGCGGUCCCAGUUUCUGUCCAAAAGCUUCCUCGGCUUUCUGGCGUUCAACCUGCUGCCGUACAGUCUGUUCCUGGCGGAAAUUGCCUACUCGCAUCUGUUUUCCGGCCGGAAUACGCACUUCUUCAACGGAUGCUACGCCGCUUUGCUACUGAUUGUGGUAAUCUUCUUCCUGAUCUACGGUGUGGAGGUGUUUUUCAAGGUCCGAGGGGGCUUUGUGUACGACUUCGGAACGGUUCCGAACAGCGAGAAUGUCAAUGCCUCUCAGCUGCACCAAUCGCGCUUCGGGCUGCUGAGCCAGGCGAUAAUGCUCAUUGUCAUUAUCGGUUUCCUCACAUCGGAAACCCUGGGCGAUUUCUGGAAGAAAAAAGUUCCAGUGUAUUCCCGCAACUGGCACGACAUAGUGUUCCGGCUGGCCGAGGUCGGUGUUGCUCUGUGGUUCCCCUGCUGUCUAUGGAACUCGAUGGCGCCGGAACAGCUGUGGAUCCUGAAUCCACGCAAACUCCUGACACGCCAAAUCGACCCGGUUGCGGCCGGUGCCGGCAGCUCCAAGGAACCGGAGGCUUCCACUUCGAACGCCGAGGAGGGCCAAUCGUUUCUCGCCAAGAAAGACUGCUGGAUAUGCUACGACGGCGAGAAGCAGGAACCGCUCAUUCAGCCGUGCAAGUGCACCGGUGACGUCAGCUCGGUGCACCACGAGUGCCUGCGGCGCUGGCUGGUGGAAAGUUGUGCCAAUUCCGACACCGUACUGAAGUGCAAAGUGUGCGAGUCGCCCUACGAGAUCGAGCGAUCCAAUCGUCUCGACUGGGAGAAAGGCUUCACCAUCCAGCACUGGGCCAAAACGAUCAUAAUUGUAACGCUGAUGUGUAUAACCGGCGCGGGCGCAUGGGUCAUCAUUCAGCUAAACGAGGACUCGUUCGUCCGGGUGCUGGUGGCUGGCUUUGCCAUCAUCAUCGGCUACAUACUGUUUAAGAUGCUGGGCGAGAACACGGUGACGGCGAUCGAGCGCGCCAAGGUAAGCUCGAUCAAUAUCGUGACUUCGUCCAGUGACCUGAACGGCAGCGGCGGAGUGCACGAAAAGCUCAACACCAUCUGUCAGGACGUGGAGUGCAAGUAAGUAGAGAACGGGAGAGAUAUCUACUCACCAAACAACAACAAAAAUAUAUCUGUGACUGAACCGUAGCCGAAGUAGGAUGUGAAGACGUACAAGAGAAGGAGUAUGGUGAUUAUGGUUCUUUAGGUUGUAAGUGAAAUUGUCUUUUAGUAAUAGAGAUAGAAGACUGGAGAGGGCGAAUGUCACUGGAGUUCCUUUUACUCACAACGAUAGCGACAUUCUUUCUCCAUAGUUUAUUAUCUCAAUUAUGUUAGUCGAUAUGGCAACGUGUAAGUUGUUUUAGUAGCCCGUGGGAGGUGGAUUCAAGCUACACACACAUGGAAACAUAUUUAACAAAACGGCCCCAAAAUGCGUAAAAAUCGUUUUACGCUGUGCCGAUCAACUGUAAUAUCCCUGCUCUAGCUUUUUAUAUAUUUACUUUUACAACUAUGAAUAGUCGAAAGUGAUCGCAAAAAAUCCAAUCUCAUUAAUCAAGACAUUAGUAACCUACAACUGUCCCAAAUUUCUUGCAUAAACAAUGCAUUUAUGUAUUCCACAAACAUACAGGGUAUGAGAGAUAAGUCGAUUAAAGUUUUUUUAAUUGCUUACUUUUACUGAUAACUUACUUCAGAAGCUAGAUAAGAUGUGGCAAAGGUCAAAUGUUAUUUGUUUAAAUGGUGGUGUUACAUUUCCCGGAGUUCUGUUUCUCUGAACACCAUUUCCCAGAACCCAAUUUUUCGGAAUAACCCAUUCCGGAAAGUGGAACUUCGAGAGGUGUAAUUUCGAAAAAUGUGAUACCAUCGUUGAAACUCUCUUGGAAAAAUCAAUUUAUGGUUUGCUAUUGAACUUCUGAAUAAGUUUUCUGCAAAUGGAAGUAAUUUCAUGUUCGGGGUUGUUCCCAUCCCUGUAGGUGAUGAAUGAUGAUGUUAUCUGGUAACCCAGCUGGAUCAAUCUUAGUUUUAUGGGAAAACAAAAACUCCUUAAUGCGAUCGUUUUCGGUAAUCAUUGACGAAACAUAUUUAACAUCUCCCAUCCCAUUUAUUUCCGCGUUUUCUGUUGAAUCCCUUUCUUUGUGUUAUAUUUAGACGAUAUGUUGAUAUUUUUCUUAUCAUCUAGCUUUAUUGAUUAGCAAACAAAUUGCGAUACUUAUGUUUAGUAAGCAGCAAAACACUUAUCAUGCGUUAGAACCGUACUAAUUUCUGAUCUAUGUUUUUUUUUAUCAUAUGUGAUUAUGGACAAGUAAGUUAGUUAACAAAACCAUACGAGGAAAGUGAAUAUACACACCUUAUCAACAAAGUGAAAGGUUAGUAGAAGAUUAAUUGGAUCGAUUUCCUUCCGCGCGACUUUUUUUGGCUCGAUUCAGGGUGGAGAAAAAUGCACCAAAGUGAGAAAAGAGUGAUUUUUAUCGAAAGCAAAAUUCAUCUUAAAUUAUAGAGAAAAAAAACUAAACCCCGAAUCGGUGGUGAUACAACAAAGCUGGCAUAAGUAGGUCAAUUUACUAUAUCCUCUAGCGAGAACAAUUACAUAUUACUAACUACUAUAUGCUAACCUCUAGGGCGCUUAGAAAGCAAUCAGGUCUAGUAACCCGUGUGUGAUCUCAUGGCAUUUUGGAUUGAUGAAGUUGGAAUUUGUUCCUUCGUUUAUUGGUAGAAACGAGAUUCAUGUUUGGUAAUUUAGAAACCGGAAGGAAAUCGAUAGUCGAACUACGUAUUUAAGGCUGUAUUUUAAGUACAUGUGUGAGUUAUACCCCAAAAUCACAUGCAUCGGACUGUUUCCAAAAAAAAAAAAUAUGAAAGUGUAGCACAAAAGUUUACAUUUUGCAAGCCGAAAUUAAAUGAACUGCGCACGCGUGUGAUGAUUUAAGUUGUACUGUGUUGGUUUGCCUAAAUAAACGAAAUGUUUUAAUAUAUCGUGCAUCAUCUUGAACCUGCUGAGAAAACAAUUGAAAAUCUUUUUCAACUGAACUUGUUUUUUACGGAUUAUCAAUUAUUUUUUAUUACACGUGAAGCGUAUGUGUAGUGAAUACUGACCCGAGAUUGAAGCCAUGAUUAUUAGCUCGAUGCGAUUUAAAAAUCGUACGAAAAGAAACAGAAACAUCUAGCAAUUGAGUCGACAUUUUUACUCCUGAACACUUUGAUCAUGCAGAUGAGAAACACAGGCAUACCUUUAUGUUGAAAGAGAUUAAACAAUGGAUAAAAUGCAACUAAAAACUUAGUUCAAGUUCCACAUUGAAGGAAAAAAGUAAAAUAAAACAAACUGUUUUGAAUCAUGUA